AUGGAAAAUAUGUUAUUUUGGUUGAUAAUGUUCAUCUCUGGAUGGACCCUCUCGGAUGCUGAAACAGAAUCAGAUUUUUCCUGGCACCUGAGCAGAAUACCCCGGGUUGUGAGUGAGAGAACUGUCCAUCUCGCCAGCCCCGCGUUCCAGGCAGAUGCUGGGGUGAAGGUGACCACAGUGUGCGGCAUCGAAUGUCAGGAAGAGCUCCCGGCUCCCAGCCUUUCCCAGCUUGAAGACUCCCUUUCCUACGAGACGGUCUUUGAGAACGGCACCCGAACCUUAACGAGAGUGAAAGUUCAAGAUCAGGUCCCAGAGUCCCCUCAAAACAGCAGCAUAAAAGGAGCACACCGUAGGAGAAGGAGGCAGGUGUACGGUACGGACAGCAGGUUCAGCAUCUUGGACAAAAGGUUUUUGACCAAUUUCCCUUUUAAUAGCGUGAAGCUGUCCACUGGCUGCAGCGGCGCCUUCGUCUCCCCAAAGCACGUGCUCACGGCUGCCCAUUGCGUCCAUGACGGGAAGGACUAUAUCAAGGCAUAGUAAAAAGCUCAGGUGGGAGUGCUGAAGACUGAAACAAAGGAGGCCGCCAAGAAACGCAGGGGCUCCAAGAGGGGUCGGAGAGAAGCAGAGCCUGGUGGCCAAUCACAAAGUGAUCAGGAGCAUCCUCAGGAGAGCGCCACUCCAAGACGGGGAAAGGGUCCAGGCGAGUGUCCAAGGUCAACCCAAGGGAAACCCUCCUUCCAGUGGACCCGUGUCAACACCCACAUCCCCAAAGGCUGGGCGAGAGGAGAGAGUGGGGACCCGGACUUGGACUACGACUAUGCGCUCCUGGAACUGAAGCGAGCACACAAACAGCAACAUAUGGAGCUAGGAGUUAGCCCCACCAUCACCAAGCUGCCAGGAGGCCGGAUCCACUUCUCCUGGUUCGACAACGACAGGGAUGACCAGUUGGUUGUAUCGUUUGCAGCGGUUUCUGAGGAAUCCAAUGACCUCCUCUACCAGUACUGCGAUGCUGAGGCAGGCUCCACGGGCUCUGGGAUCUACCUGAGGCUCAAAGAGCCUGCAAAAAAAACCUGGAAGCGCAAGAUCAUCGCGGUCUACUCAGGCCACCAGUGGGUGAUGUGCAACGGGGUUCAGAAGGACUUUAACGUGGCUGUGCGCAUCACUCCGCUCAAGUACGCCCAGAUAUGCCUCUGGAUCCACGGAAAUGCAGCCAACUGUACUUAUGGCUGA